CUCGGGACAAGAAUUGCAUCAUCCAUUUCGCCGCCGCAUUCUUCAUCGUCUUGUUCAACUAACUGCGGGGCGCGCGCAUCCAUUUCUAAGCAUCCAUCUACUUCAACAUCCACCAUCUCAAACACCUCACCUGCUUUUCUCUUCUCCCACAUCCGCAUCUACACACCAUCUGCAGAAAUAAACAACACCGCCACGAUUAAUUUCCUCCGCUCCCUGAUCCCCCGCGCCCCCAGCCCAAAUACAAUCAUGGCGACCAAGACUAAAGUCCAAUCCAUCAUCGACGAGAACCCCGUCGCCGUCUUCAGCAAAUCCUACUGCCCCUACUGCAGGUCGGCUAAACAGCUCCUGAGUGACAGCGGCGCAAAGUUUUAUGCCAUCGAGUUGGACCAGAUUGACGACGGAUCCGCGAUUCAAUCCACGCUCCGCGACAUGACGGGCCAGGGCACCGUGCCCAACAUCUUCAUCGGGAAAAAGCACGUCGGCGGCAACUCUGAGCUGCAGGGCAAGAAGAAGGAAUUGCCAGCCCUGCUCAAGGAUGCUGGUGCUGUUUGA